CCAGGAGCGCCUCAAAGUCCAGCCAGCUGGGGACUGACUGUGGCAGACGAGCAAGAGCUGGCAGCAAUGGGGCCCCGAGCUUCAGGGAACCUGCUCAGGAUGGAGAGAGCUCCGCGCUCAGCACUGGGCCCUGAAGUUAGCCUGCAUGCCUACGACAUUGGGGUGGUGGUCACCUACUUUGUCUUUGUCACUGCUGUGGGGAUCUGGUCGUCCAUCCGUGCAAGCCGAGGGACCAUUGGGGGCUAUUUCCUGGCGGGAAGAUCCAUGAGCUGGUGGCCKAUCGGAGCAUCUCUGAUGUCCAGCAAUGUGGGAAGCGGCUUGUUCAUCGGUCUGGCCGGGACAGGGGCUGCUGGAGGCCUUGCUGUGGGAGGCUUUGAGUGGAAUAUGAGGAAAUCAAGGCCUGGAAGAGGCAGAGGGACUCAACUGAGGUCUGGGAGGGCUGGGUUUGGGCCCCAGGCAACCUGCCUGCUCCUGGCCCUCGGCUGGGUCUUURUCCCCGUGUACAUCGCAGCCGGUGUGGUCACGAUGCCUCAGUACCUGAAGAAAAGGUUCGGGGGCCAGAGGAUCCAGAUUUACAUGUCCGUCUUGUCUCUCAUCCUCUACAUCUUCACCAAGAUAUCGACUGACAUCUUCUCCGGAGCCCUCUUCAUCCAGAUAGCCAUGGGUUGGAACCUCUAUCUCUCCACGGUGAUUCUGCUGGUGGUGACAGCUGUCUACACCAUUGCAGGGGGCCUCACAGCAGUGAUCUACACGGAUGCUCUGCAGACAGUGAUCAUGGUUGGGGGAGCCCUGGCCCUUAUGUUUCUGGGUUUUCAGGAGGUGGGCUGGUACCCAGGCCUACAGCAGCGGUACAUGGAGGCCAUCCCCAAUGUCACAGUUCCCAAUACCACCUGUCACCUCCCACGGCCUGAUGCUUUCCACAUGCUUCGGGACCCUGUGAGUGGAGACAUCCCAUGGCCAGGUCUCAUUUUUGGGCUCACAGUGCUGGCCACCUGGUGUUGGUGCACAGACCAGGUCAUUGUGCAGAGGUCUCUAUCUGCCAAGAAUCUGUCCCAUGCCAAGGGAGGCUCGGUGCUGGGGGGCUACCUGAAGAUCCUCCCCAUGUUCUUCAUUGUCAUGCCUGGCAUGAUCAGCCGGGCCCUGUACCCAGAUGAGGUGGGCUGCGUGGACCCUGACAUCUGCCAAAGAGUCUGUGGGGCCCGAGUGGGAUGUUCCAAUAUCGCCUACCCCAAGCUGGUUAUGGGUCUCAUGCCCAUUGGUAUGCGGGGCCUGAUGAUUGCCGUGAUCAUGGCGGCCCUCAUGAGCUCGCUCACCUCCAUCUUCAACAGCAGCAGCACCCUGUUCACCAUCGACGUGUGGCAGCGCUUCCGUAGGAAGGCAACUGAGCAGGAGCUGAUGGUGGUGGGCAGGCUGUUUGUGGUGUUCCUGGUUGUCAUCAGCAUCCUCUGGAUCCCCAUCAUCCAGAGCUCCAACAGUGGGCAGCUCUUUGACUACAUCCAGGCUGUCACCAGCUACCUGGCUCCACCCAUCACUGCUCUCUUCCUGCUGGCCAUCUUCUGCAAGAGGGUCACAGAGCCUGGAGCCUUCUGGGGCCUCAUGUUUGGCCUGGGAGUGGGGCUUCUGCGCAUGAUCCUGGAGUUCUCAUAUCCAGCCCCAGGCUGCGGUGAGGUGGACAGGAGGCCAGCCGUGCUGAAGGACUUCCACUACCUGUACUUUGCCCUCCUUCUCUGUGGACUCACUGCCAUCGUUAUUGUCACCAUCAGCCUCUGUACAACCCCCAUCCCUGAGGAAAAGCUUGUUCGUCUGACCUGGUGGACAAGGAAUUGCAACCCCCCUGAGCUGGAGAAGGAGGCCUGUGAGAAUGAGGAGGACAGCACACCAGGGCUGGCAGAGGAGGCAGCUGGGGAGUGCCCUGCAGGAGGCGGAGCAGCAGGGGACCUGAUGGAGGAAUUGGAGCAGGUUGGAGCCCCACACAGGUCCUGGGGAAAGCUGCUCUGGGGCUGGUUCUGUGGGCUCUCCAGGGUCCCUGAGCAAGCUCUGAGCCCAGCAGAGAAGGCUGCACUAGAGCAGAAACUGACCAGCAUCGAGGAGGAGCCAUUGUGGAGAAGCGUCUGCAACAUCAACGCCAUCCUCCUACUGUCCAUCAACAUCUUCCUCUGGGGUUAUUUUGCAUAA